AUGAGUGUCUUUUGGCAGAAAGAGCCACGGGCUCUGUGGGUGGCAGAGAACCCCAUGCCUGAUCAGGAGGGUUACACUCAGCCGCCAAGGGGCCAGCAGGAGACCUCCAAGGGGGACCAUAAGCAGCUGCAGAGUCAGCACAGCCAUUCAGGGUUUCACACCUACCAGAGAAUGAUUGGCUAGGAGUUGCUGGAGCACAGAAGCACCACAUUUCUCCAGCAGGCAUAUGAUGGACAAGAUUUCAUCAUCUUCACUAGAGAUAUCCUUUCCUGGAUGGUAACUGAUAAUACGGCUCACAUCACCAAGUGGGCACAGGAGGCUAGUUGACAUGAGUUAUACCAAAAGAAUUGGCUAGAAGAAGAACAUACUGCCUCGUUAAAGAGGUUCUUGGAGUUUGGGGAAGAUACCCUACAAAGGACUGGUAACAAGAAAGGAGAAUGCCAGGUCCCCACAUCCUGA